AUCUCAGAGGGGACAAGACAAACCAUCUGGGCAAACACUUCAGGCUGACAAGGGUCACCGACUGCCCUCUGCUGAGACAGGAGGGCCAAAGUGGGGUCCUGAGCAGCAGUCUAGGCCAAGGCCUGGGGCUCAGGGCAGACUGGGAGGUCCAUCUCGGGGAAGACUGGUGUCUGUGAUGGGACCCAGGGAUGAGUCAGAAGAAAGACCUGGGGCUCCGAAUGAACCCCGAGAGGCAUAUGACAGUGGGCAUGAGUCUCAGAUGGAACCCGGAGAUCAGACAGGACCAAGGCCUGGAGCAGAGAAGGAACCCCGAGAUCAGACAGCACCAAGGCCUGGGGUCCAGAUGGGCUCCCAGGAUCAGACUGGACCCAGGCCUAAGGCUCAGCUGGGCCCCCAGGAUCCGCCUGCACAGAGGCCUGGAGCUCCGAAGGGAGCCGGGGCACGCGCUGGGCAGAGGCCCUCCAAGCACCGCGGGGAAUCGCUGCAGAGUCCUGGCACAGGGCCAGAGCCCCAGUCAAGACCCGACCCUGCAGAGGCAGGGGGCACUGCGACCCCAGAGGAGGGAGGUGGCAGCAGCGUCAACAAGAGGAGGAGGAAGAGAAAGGUGGGCAAAGGAGCCAGGUCCCCGAGGAGGGGCAGAGGCCAGGCCCAGCAGAUGGGUGAGCUGCCCUCUGAGGCCCCCGGCCCCAGCCACGCCACUCCCCAGGGCCCGAGGCGCCGGGCCCGCGCUGCCCGUACCCGUACCCGUACCCGCCCUUGGGCGCUGUUUCCUCAGAGUUCCACCUCAUCCAGCGAGGAUGGCCUGGAAGGUGCCUCGGCAAGUGCAGCCCCCAGACCAGGCGCUGGGGCGCAGGCAGAAGCUGGCUCAUCUCCUGAGCCUGGCCGGGGCCCAGCCGCCUCCAGCCUGGGGGGCAGGAAAAGGAAGCAGGGCUCCCCAGCGUGCCCCCAGCCAGGAGCCUCUCAGCCUGCAGGCAGAGACCACCCCAACUGCCAACAGGAGGAGCCUUGCAGCAGCCGGAGCCGGGCCCAGGGCACUGCCCUCGCUGGCCAGGCCGAGCCCAUCAGAUGCGGGUCAGUGGUGUGGUUCAAGGGCCAGGACCUGCCCUACUGGCCGGCCGUGGUGCAGAGAGUGAGCCAGGAGGGCCGGCGGGCCCGCGUGCUGCUGCUGGAGGGCGCCAUGAGGCCCGAGAGGCGCGGCAUCCCCGUGGCCCUGCGCAGGCUCAAAGCCCUGCACUGCAGAGAGGAGUCCCGGCUGCGAGCACAGGCCGCCCGCCGCUUUCCCCAGGGCCUGGGCUGGUGCCUGGCGCUGGUGGCGCAGCACAGGGAGGCCCAGGCCAGCGGUGCCUUCGCCGGGCCGCUGCUGGCUUAUUGGGCUACCGAUGCCAGCCUCCCGCUGCGCAGGAUCCUGGACCAGGCCCAGCCGCCCAUGGCCUUCCCCAGGGUCGACUAUGCCACGCUGGAGUGCUCCUCGUCCUCAGAGGAAGAGCAGCCGCAAGGACAGCGGCAGGGGCAGGGGCAGGGUCGCCGCCGCAGGCCGCGCCCCGCCAGGAAGCUGCUGCCAGACCGCACGCGAGCCGCUCGCGACAGGGCCAACCAGAAGCUGGUGGACUUCAUCGUCAAGGAGCGCGGCGCAGACCCGCACCUGCUGGCCGUGGUGCAGGGCCGCCGGCCCUCGCGCUGGCUCGAGGCCUUCAAGCGCGGGGGCAGGCGCGUGGCCUGCGUGGAGACCUACCUGGAGGACGAGGACCAGACCGACACCCUGGUGGCCCACCUGCGCGCCCUGGCCCACGGCCUGGACCUCAGACACAUCACCCGUGUGCGCAACGACCCCGUCAGCUUCGUGGUGGAGGUGCUGCUGCCCGAGGCCAUCAUCUGUGGCCUGGCCGCCCUCGAGGGUCUCGACUACGAGGCCGCCCAGGCCAAGUACCUGCAGGGCCCGCCCGUGCACUACCGCGAGAAGGAGCUCUUCGACCGGGAAAUCCUCAGGAUGGUGCGCAAGAGGGCAGCCCGCGGGGGCAGGCGCUAGUGAUGAAAUGGACGGGCUGGGCCGCGGCCAAAGCCCUAAGGGCCAAAGCCCCCAGCCUCUGCCCUCAAUCUCUGUCCUCAUUCCACAUCCUCAUGCUAUGCCCUCAGCCUCUGCUCUCACUCCACACCCUCAGUCCCUGCAGUGAACAUCUGCCUUCAUACCCACCCCUCAGCCCCUGUCUUCUGCUUCUGCUCUCAGAGUCUGCCCACAGCCCUUGUUCACAGUAGUCUCCCAGCCUCCCCACAGUGCCCCUGCUCGCAGGGGUCUUCCUGGCUCCCGACAGUGGCCCUGCUCACAGGGGAUUCCUAGUGUACCUACAGUGACCCUGAUCACAGGGGUCUCACAGCCUUCCAAAGUGACCUUGCUCACAGGGCUCUCCCAGCCUCCCACAGAGCCCCUGCUCACAGGGCUCUCCCAGCCUCCCACAGAGCCCCUGCUCACAGGGGUCUCCCAGUCUCCCCAUAAGCCCCUGCUCACAGGGGUCUCCCAGCCUCCCACAGAGCCCCUGUUCACAGGGGUCUCCCAGUCUCCCC